GAUGGCGCCGCUAUCGCGCCUAAAAUGUCAGCUUACAUAUGUGAAAACAUCAUAGAUACAGAAUUCUAUAUAUAUCAUUCAUGAUCAUUCUUGAUAUAAGAUCUAGCAUUCUAUAUCUAUGGUGAAAUGCAGGAUAUUUGUCUACGUUGCCAAAUAACGCAUGAAGUUGUAGCAAUAUGAGAUCAAUUUUACUCUUCUUGUUGUUUCAGAUAGCUGAAAUGUCAUUGCCUACAGCAAGGACAAUUCAAGAUUCCAACUUCAACGUGACCGUCACUGCGAGUGAUGUGUCACGCACCACGGCAGUUGUACGAUGGUCGCUGACACCUCAGAUCGACUCCAUCAGCUGUGAUGCAGUCUACGGACUGGUCGCGGCUCUAAACACUGUGCAGGUUUUGCAGGACAUAAAGCCAGAAUCCUUUUCAAUUGCCGGACUAAAGACCAAUGAAACCUACUUUUUUUAUAUAAACUGUCAAGACAAGAUUGGGAAUGACUAUCAUUCACAUGAAAUUAACUUCAUUAUGAACGGAACUCGAAUGUUUUCGUCGAUUGUAGAAGAAAGUUCGACAGCUGUAGAAAUGAGCGACACCGGACCGAUUCCAGGUGGUGCUGUCAGCAGUGACCAUCCGACCGCGAUAGGCAAGGCUCAGGGUCAUUCAAGUGAUGCAGUCUUAGGUAUCUCAUGCGGGAUGCUAGGUCUGUUUGUUGUCGCGGUAACGGCAACGAUCCUGCUUAUAACGAGGAUACGACGACUGCAGAGCAGACGUGGAUUCAUCAACCGCCUUGAUGUGGAGGAAGACGAUGCCUUUGGUAGCAUGCAAUACGACAGGGGCUACUAUGCAUGACAGGUCACGACGGACUGCACGGCGACCGUGCCCGUAUGGCCAGCACUUACUAUCUCCACUUACUCACUCACUGCAUCUGUGAUCACAAUACAAGUCACGGCUCACGUCACGGCACAGCUUGCAUUCGGUGUGGCACAUGCGCUGCACAGUUGUCGUUUUAUAUCCAGCAUGCACGAAUAAGAGGGACACUUAGCACGAGAUUACAGAAAUCCCGCCUUCCUAGUAAUGCUGUUGUAAAGGGUUAAAACUCACAUUCACAUUCCACAAUACUUCUAACAUACCCUUUACGUAAACGCAAGAGGUUAAGAACUAGGGUAAUUGUUCCCAGCAAUAGUAAUUUAUUAACAAAAUUUAUUUUGAUACGACAUUGUGUAAUGUUGUCAUUAAGGGCAAUGUUGUUUUAGAAAUUGAGAUUUGUUCACGUCUUCUGAUAUUGUUAGUAAGUUUUUGGUAGCAAUAUUUCAUUUUUAUUGUAUAUCGAUAUAUCUGCAUCUACAACGCGAGUUCAUGAUUUUAUAAACAACGUUUCAUAUUAUAUUAA